AUAAGAGCCAGGCGGUCCUCGCUUCUCUGCGCCCGACUUUUCAUAGGCUGGGAAAGAAAAGGUUGAGAAACUUGACAUUGUCUUGGGCAGAGUGCGUGUAGCAACAGAUCAAAGAAAAAGAGGACGAAAACGUGCUCCUUGCUGCCUGUGGAUUUCACCGAGUUGCUUUUGUCUCGCGGGCUUCUGUUGGCUUUAGUGUCUGCACUAAAGGCUUGCGGCGUGGGCUUCCAUGCAGCUUGCUCCCUGCCGGAUGGGUCAUGGAAUUCUAAACAUGAGGCAGAUAGCUGAUCAGCUUCCUUGGAUUUUGAUGACACCAGCGAGCUUUGCCUGAAGAUGGAAACACUGGAGUCGGAACUGACCUGCCCUAUUUGUCUGGAGCUCUUUGAGGACCCUCUCCUGCUGCCCUGCGCACACAGCCUCUGCUUCAACUGCGCCCACCGCAUCUUGGUGUCACACUGUGCCACCAACGAGUCUGUGGAGUCCAUCAGCGCCUUCCAGUGCCCCACCUGCCGGCAUGUCAUCACGCUCAGCCAGCGAGGUCUAGACGGGCUCAAGCGCAACGUCACCCUGCAGAACAUCAUCGACAGGUUCCAGAAAGCGUCAGUGAGCGGGCCUAAUUCCCCCAGUGAGACCCGUCGGGAGCGGGCCUUUGAUACCAGCACCAUGUCUUCUGCUGAGAAGGUCCUCUGCCAGUUCUGUGACCAGGAUCCUGCCCAGGACGCGGUGAAGACCUGUGUCACUUGUGAAGUGUCCUACUGUGAUGAGUGCCUGAAAGCCACUCACCCGAACAAGAAGCCCUUUACAGGCCAUCGUCUGAUUGAGCCAAUCCCGGACUCGCACAUCCGGGGGCUGAUGUGCCUGGAGCACGAGGAUGAGAAGGUGAAUAUGUACUGUGUGACCGAUGACCAGUUAAUCUGUGCCUUGUGUAAACUGGUUGGGCGGCACCGCGAUCAUCAGGUGGCAGCUUUGAGUGAGCGCUAUGACAAAUUGAAGCAAAACUUAGAGAGUAACCUCACCAACCUUAUUAAGAGGAACACGGAACUGGAGACCCUUUUGGCUAAACUCAUCCAAACCUGUCAACAUGUCGAAGUCAAUGCAUCACGUCAGGAAGCCAAAUUGACAGAGGAGUGUGAUCUUCUCAUUGAGAUCAUUCAGCAAAGACGACAAAUUAUUGGGACCAAGAUCAAAGAAGGGAAGGUGAUGAGGCUUCGCAAACUGGCUCAGCAGAUUGCAAACUGCAAACAGUGCAUUGAGCGGUCAGCAUCCCUCAUCUCCCAAGCAGAACACUCUCUGAAGGAGAAUGAUCAUGCCCGCUUCCUACAGACUGCUAAGAAUAUCACUGAGAGAGUCUCCAUGGCAACUGCAUCCUCUCAGGUCCUAAUUCCUGAAAUCAACCUCAAUGACACAUUUGACACCUUUGCCUUAGAUUUUUCCCGAGAGAAGAAAUUGCUGGAAUGUCUGGAUUACCUUACAGCUCCCAACCCUCCCACAAUCAGAGAAGAGCUCUGCACGGCUUCAUAUGACACAAUUACUGUCCACUGGACCUCUGAUGAUGAAUUCAGUGUGGUCUCCUAUGAGCUUCAGUACACCAUAUUCACCGGGCAAGCCAAUGUUGUUAGUCUGUGUAAUUCGGCUGAUAGCUGGAUGAUCGUGCCCAACAUCAAGCAGAAUCACUACACGGUGCAUGGUCUUCAAAGUGGCACCAAGUACAUCUUCAUGGUCAAGGCCAUCAACCAGGCAGGCAGCCGCAGCAGCGAGCCUGGGAAGUUGAAGACAAACAGCCAACCUUUUAAACUGGAUCCCAAAUCUGCUCAUCGAAAACUAAAGGUGUCCCAUGAUAACUUGACAGUAGAACGUGAUGAGUCAUCAUCCAAAAAGAGUCAUACGCCUGAACGCUUCACCAGCCAAGGGAGCUAUGGAGUGGCUGGAAAUGUGUUCAUUGAUAGUGGCCGGCAUUACUGGGAAGUAGUCAUAAGUGGAAGCACAUGGUAUGCCAUUGGCCUUGCUUACAAAUCAGCCCCAAAGCAUGAAUGGAUUGGGAAGAACUCUGCUUCCUGGGCCCUUUGCCGCUGUAACAAUAACUGGGUGGUGAGACACAACAGCAAGGAGAUCCCCAUCGAGCCAGCCCCCCACCUGCGACGCGUUGGCAUCCUGCUAGACUAUGAUAAUGGCUCCAUCGCUUUUUAUGAUGCUUUGAACUCCAUCCACCUCUACACCUUCGAUGUGGCAUUUGCACAGCCUGUGUGCCCCACCUUCACCUUGUGGAACAAGUGUUUGACGAUUAUAACUGGUCUUCCUAUCCCAGACCAUUUGGACUGUACAGAGCAGCUGCCGUGAGCAUCUGACCACAUGAAGCUGCUUUCCAGGAGUAACAAAGUUUGAGGCUAUUAUUCACUAUUUAGGGGAUUAAGAAAGCACAGGUUUCAAGAGUGUGAUUAAAUCUCCCCCAAACUGUCCAUAGAUCAUCUAAAAUAGGGUUCAAAUGGGAGAUUUCUUUUUCUUUUACUGUGUUUUGUAUUAAGUACAGGCUUUAAUAAUUUUUUUUUUUGUAUUUAGAGGAAAAUCUAUAGAUUAUUUAUAAAAGAAACAUAAUCGGGAUUACAACUGUUAGGAAUGACUUGGUUUUGCACAUUGAGAGGCCCAUAAGUUUGCCAGCUCUUUACAACUUUUAUUUCAUCACUGCCUAUGGGCUUGCAAAAAAAGAAAAAGGAAAAGAAAACAAAACAAAAAAACCUUUUGUAGAUUUGUACGUUUAUUCACUUUCUCACAUAAUAUUUCAUACUGAGCCCAUGGUAGGUCCUGUCACUUUGACAGUGCAUUACAGAAUAUGCAGCUAUUUUAAAUACAAAUAAUUUUUAACCUAGUAGGGAAACAAACAGGCUUUCUUACUAUGGUGUAAUUUGAAGUAUUUUAACUGUGAUGUCAAAAACUUGUGGAUCAACUAGAAUAGAGUAAGAAGGAGAAUGGAUAAAAUUGACUUUGAAUUGAACUUUGAACCUCAGACUUAGCCAGGGCUCAAUCUUUACUCUCUGGUGGUUGAUGGGAUAACUUUGGGAAGAAAGGUUCUGAAACCUUUGGCCAUACAUAACCCUGCUUCUCACAGGGCUAAGGAUUCUGGGCUAAUAUUAUGAAUGAGAUUGCAAUUGAAAAUAGUCACUUUGAAUCCUACAGAUUAUUCAGAAAUUUAGGCUGAUUUGUGUUUUCUCAGAAGCAGGAUUCUGUUUGAUGAUAUAAUACUAUUUUAUCCUUUUAAUAGUUUUUUUAGGCAUAUGAAAUUUCUUUACUACAUUUAAUAGUUGUCCUAUUUCCCCUUUCCCCAAUUGAUUUUUUUCCCUUUUCUCUGGGGCUGAGGAAAUAAAUAAACACAAUCUGUCACGAAUGGCAGCACACUUUGAAUUGAUUUUGUUCUCUAGGACAUCAGCACAUGGCCCUGAUCACAACUACCAUGUCCAAAAAUAAGUCACUGAAAAACACUUAAUAUUUAUGAGUUAGUAAUAGCAAGGAACAUUGCAUAAAACACUAUUCACUAGAAUAUAUGUCUCAAGUUAUUAUAAACAAACAUUAAUUAAACACAUCUUGAAAGAUGUAGAAGUCCCUCCAUAUUCUAGUAUAGUAACAUAGAAUUGUAAAAC